GCUCAGGCAAGGCGAGAGGGUGGGAGGGAAAGAUUCAUCCCCUUUAAUACCGGGAUUGAAAAAAAAUGGAGUCGCUCUGAAUUGUAUAUUAUUUAGUAGAGAGAGUCUGCAAAAAGAUAUUAGAAAUCCUCCGACUAUUAAUAUCUCUGAUUCCCGAUAUCGAAUACAGUUAUAUACCAUUUAAGCGGUGUAAAAGCGGGCUGGAUUUAAACAAAAACGGCCGUGUAUAUUUAUCAUAUUUUUAAAUUGGGGUCGAAGGGGGUGAAAAGUUCGUUUUUUAUAAUAAAUCGGUGCUAGUGCAUUUAGUAUUACCAAUAAUAUAUAAAUAUAACCCCAAACCGUCGUUAUUUAACUUCGUAUUCUGAUUAAUUGAUUUGAUUUGAUUUUUUUAAAAUGAAAGCGUGCUAAAAACAUUAAUAAUCCAUCGCUUGUAUGCAUACACAAAUCCACAGUCAAUAAUACAGAUCUAUUUUAUUUGCGUUUCAAACGGAGAUCUGCAAGCACCGCUCGCUUCUCCUCUCGGGUUGAGAUGAAUUUAUCUGUCUAAAUCGGGGAGGGGGGGGGGCUGGGGUUCGACAAAGGGUCGAGAGGUCAAAAUAUCCAGCCGAGCGUUAUACUGUAGCGAUUUUAUUAUUAUUAUUAUUAUUAUUAUUAUUAUUAUAUAAAAUAAAUAUACAUAUUUUGCAUGCAUCUGAAUCCGAAACGCAGUCUAAACAGUUAUUUUUUUUAGAACCCUCGCUAAUCAAACUGUUUGCUUCAUGCGUUUGUUAAUGUGUAUAUAUUAACGAGUCUAUCUAAACAUUCAUAUUAAUAAGAAUAAUAAUAUAUUAUUAGGCUUACAGUGCUGUUUUUCUUCUAUCAUUACGUUUGUAUUUUAUUAUUAUUAUUGAUAUUUGAUUUAUUAAUUUGUUUCGUUCGGAUAAAAACGUCAAUUCCCACGCGCCUACAAAAUGGAUACGUCCUGGAGCAAUUUCCUAUUUCAGACUCAGCCAACCCAGAGCCAAGGGGUGGAGCCUCUGCAAGUGGAGCUCCUCCCAGUGCUGGAAAGCCCCAACCAGGCUCCUCCCCCUGUGCAGAUAGCCCCUCCCCCUUCCACAGUCGACACGGCAGCUCUGAGCCAGGAGACUGACAGCGGGGUGGGGCCUGUCGCCGGGGGGCGGGUCCAGAAGCGCCCCAGGGGCGGAGUCAGCCACAUCUGCCCCACCUGCUCCAAACAGUUCAAGAACGGCUACAAUCUGAGGCGACACCAGGCCGUGCACACCGGGGUGAGGAGAGAGGGGCGGGACGGCGGGGCCAGGGUGCCUGUCAGCCUCCUACAGCUGCCAGGAAGUGAGGUCACCGCCCCCGCCCCCCCGCAGCCCGACAGUGGCGUCACCGCGGCAACGGCGAGCCUCGGUGUCAACAUGGGCAUGAAUGUGAACCUGGGUGCCAGUAAUCAGGCUGGCGGCGGAGUGGGAAACACAAUACAGCCCCUGGACGCGUCUCUCUCUCUCUCUGCUCCGGUGUCAGUCCCUGUCUCUGUGUGUGCGAGGCGUGUGCGUAAGGACCACGCCUGUGACGCGUGUGGCAAGGCGUUCCGAGACGUGUACCAUCUGAACCGGCACAAGCUGUCCCACUCCGACGAGAAGCCUUUUGAGUGCCCGGUGUGCCAGCAGAGGUUCAAGAGGAAGGACCGCAUGAGCUACCAUGUGAGAUCACACCAGGGAGGGGUGGAGAAACCGUACGUUUGCCCGCACUGCAGCAAGGGGUUCUCCAGGCCGGAUCAUCUCAACAGUCAUGUCAGACAAGUGCACUCCACUGAGAGACCCUUCAAAUGCCAGACGUGUGAGUCUGCCUUUGCCACGAAGGACCGUCUCCGGGCUCACAUGAUCCGCCACGAGGAGAAGGUUCCGUGCCACGUGUGCGGCAAGCUGCUGUCCGCCGCUUACAUCACCGAUCACAUGAGGGUGCACAGCCAAUCACAGAACCACGUGUGUGAGACCUGCAACCGAGGUCCAGGCGGCUCCUGCCCUCACUCAGCCAAUCAGAGCUCAGUGGGCGGGGCCCAAAGCACAGCGGUACCCAUGGGAACACAGCAGGCCCCUCCCCCUGCCACAACUUCCUCCUUUGCACAAGCCUGGUGAAAUCACUGUGCCAAUCCGGCAUGCGCCGGGAAUAUAAAACAUUUAGAAACACUAAAAGAAACGUCAUGAAUUCAACGACAAACGUUUCAUUUGAACACACGGAGAGAGACUUCUAGUGGAAACGUUUGCCAUUGAAUUCACAGUGAAGACACUGAGAAAGACUUCUAGUGGAAACGUUUGCCAUUGAAUUCACAGUGAAGACACUGAGAAAGACUUCUAGUGGAAACGUUUGCCAUUGAAUUUACACUGAAGACGCUGAGAAAGACUUCUAGUGGAAACGUUUGCCAUUGAAUUCACAGUGAAGACGCUGAGAAAGACUUCUAGUGGAAACGUUUGCCAUUGAAUUCACAGUGAAGACGCUGAGAAAGACUUCUAGUGGAAACGUUUGCCAUUGAAUUUACACUGAAGACGCUGAGAAAGACUUCUAGUGGAAACGUUUGCCAUUGAAUUCACAGUGAAGAUGCUGAGAGAGACUUCUAGUGGAAACGUUUGCCAUUGAAUUCACACUGAAGACGCUGAGAAAGACUUCUAGUGGAAACGUUUGCCAUUGAAUUUACACUGAAGACGCUGAGAAAGACUUCUAGUGGAAACGUUUGCCAUUGAAUUCACACUGAAGAUGCUGAGAGAGACUUCUAGUGGAAACGUUUGCCAUCGAAUUCACAGUGAAGAUGCUGAGAAAGACUUCUAGUGGAAACGUUUGCCAUUGAAUUCACAGUGAAGAUGCUGAGAAAGACUUCUAGUGGAAACGUUUGCCAUCGAAUUCACAGUGAAGAUGCUGAGAAAGACUUCUAGUGGAAACGUUUGCCAUCGAAUUCACACUGAAGAUGCUGAGAGAGACUUCAUUGAACUUAUUAAGUUUAUUUUAGUAUUUCUAAAUUCAGCUCUACUGAGUGUUCAAUAGUCCUGGAUGAAUCUAAAAACAACAAAAAUCACGUUUUUAUUUGUGUCUCCAUAACGUUUAAUGCUGUAAGCAAUCAUUCAUUUUACUUCGUUCUUCCAUAGCCCGGGCAGAAACAUCGCAGGCUUGACUGACACUCCAGUUUCUUUACAUUCCCUUAGAGGCAUUCUUUGUUUUUCUUUGGCUGCAGAUGAGUUAUUAUUAUUGCAAUUACUCAAAGAUGGUUCAUUAUUGUAUUACAUGUUUUAAUAGUCUGUGUUUCACAUUUAUCUAUGGCAAGCAACUACAGCUCUGGCCAAGAGUUUUGCAUCACCCUGCAGCAUGAACUAAUUGUGCUUCAUAAAGGUCGAAUGAAACCUGCUGAAUAAUGUUACGUUAACAUAUUGAAUUACACGCCGCUUUGGAGUUUUCCCAGAUACUGAAAAACUGACAAAAAAAUGAUUUCAAAAUCCCACACGAAAUACUACUGUCAUGGCUUCCGGUAGACUUUUUGCGAUAUCAUUUUGUAGUUUCUUUGACAUGAUGUUAAAUAAAAGAUCUCAGUUAUGUUAAUAUUUGUCUAAAAUCCAAGGUGAUGCAAAACUUAGCCAGAGCUGUAGAAAUGAAAUCACAGUCAAAGCAACACGGACUGAGCAAAAGAAAUUGUAAUACAGCACAUUGCAGUUAAAGAAUUACAGCUCCCAGCAUCCCUCACCAUUGCCGCGGUUGCAGAGGCAUGCUGGGAGCUGUAGUCCUAGCCAGGGCUGUACCGAUUCACAAUACAAUAACUAUUGGCAGCGCAGCUAGAACUGAAGAGCAGCUCCUCAACUCGCAGUCAAAGCAGCACAGACUGAGCCAAAAAAAAAACAGUAUUUGAAUCAUUGCGUUGUUCAUAAGUCUGAAAUGUCUCUAACUCUGAAAAUGAGUUUCCAGUGGUGUUAAGGGAUGCGUGCACCUGCUACCUACAGCCUCAAUCUGGAGACUAACACAAGGACACAAGCAAUGCAAUACUCGAAUUGGAUGGGUUCUAUAGUUUUUAAAAACGGUGCUAUAAAAUGGGAAAAUGGGAAAAUUAAAAAUCUACCAUUUUAGUUGGAACUGUAGCAAAACACACAGAUUUUAAACAUCAAGGAAAACCUGGGUUAACUUAGUGCGUGUUCUUAAACAAAGGCAGUCAUUAGCUUGCUCAGUCAUUCAGCCACCUUUUAGCUUGGAGGGGAAAACCUGUGCUUUGUUUAAAACUAAACUAUUUCCUAGUAAAUUAUUCCUAGUACAAUUGCCCGUACUUUGAUAUCUCUCUGCCUUCUCUUUGUUGGUGCUGUAAUUUCGUCUCCUUCAUAAUUUUUACAGAAUAAUAAUUAAGAGACAAUGAAAUGCAUUAGUUUUAUUGCGAUGUUGCUUUUGGCAUAAAUCUAAAAAAUAAAUAAAAAUAAACUCAGACAGCCAACUUGAAACCACACCCCAAUUUCAGAUGGAUUUUCAUUGGUCCAAAUUGACUAAAAGGGGGGGGGUGGAAACCAAAACGAUUGGCUGUUAGCAUGCCUGUAUUAUAGAUACACUAUACAGUAUAUAUUCUAUUAUAUCAUGUUUGUUAUUAUCUUUUUUUUUUUUUUUU